UAGAGCAGUGCCUUGUACGCCCGCGCCAUGGGUCCGGUGGCCCCGCUGGAGCUGCUGGAGCUGCUGAAGCAGCGCGCGGCCGAGCGCAUUGAUGAGGCGGCCGAGCGCCUGGGCGCGCUGAGCCGCGCCAUCUGGAGCGCGCCGGAGCUGGCCUACGAGGAGCACCGCGCGCACCGAGAGCUCACGAGCUUCUUGGAGCGCGAGCCUCCGGCCAAGUCGUGGGCUGUGCAGCCGCACUUCGGGCUCGCCACCGCCUUCCGUGCCGAGUGGGCGCCGCCGGAGGCCGCGGCGGGGCCCGGCGCACUGCAGCUGGCCUUCCUGUGCGAGUAUGACGCUCUGCCCGCCUUGGGCCACGCCUGCGGCCACAACCUCAUAGCGGAGGUCGGGGUGGCCGCGGCGCUGGGCCUGCGCGCCGCGCUGGAGGCUGUCGCUGCUCCGCCUCCGGUCAAGGUCAUUGUCCUGGGGACCCCUGCAGAAGAAGAUGGUGGUGGCAAAAUUGAUUUAAUUGAAGCAGGUGCUUUUAAAGACCUUGAUGUUGUUUUUAUGGCUCAUCCAUCUCAAGAGGAUGCCGCCUAUCUACUGGAUGUGGCCGAGCAUGAUGUUACUGUGAAAUAUUAUGGAAAGGCAUCUCAUGCUGCUGCUUACCCUUGGGAGGGAGUCAAUGCCUUAGAUGCUGCAGUUCUUGCCUAUAACAAUCUCUCUGCAUUAAGACAACAGAUGAAACCAACCUGGAGACUUCAUGGUAUAAUAAAAAAUGGUGGUGUGAAGCCCAAUAUCAUCCCCUCUUACUCUGAAUUAGUCUAUUACUUCCGUGCACCCUCAAUGAAAGAACUUCAAGUUUUGACCAAAAAGGCGGAAGAUUCCUUCAGAGCUGCAGCUUUGGCUACGGGCUGCACAGUGGAAAUUAAAAGUGGAGCACACGAUUAUUACAAUGUUCUUCCUAAUAAGAUACUGUGCAAUGCAUAUAUGGAGAAUGGGAAGAAGCUGGGAAUAGAAUUCAUCUCAGAAGACGCAGUAUUGAAUGGGCCUUCAGGCUCUACUGAUUUUGGAAAUGUUAGUUUUGUGGUUCCUGGGAUUCACCCGUAUUUUUACAUUGGGACUGAUGCCUUGAAUCACACGGAACAGUACACAGAAGCUGCAGGAUCACAAGAAGCUCAAUUGUACACCUUGCGUACAGCCAAAGCUCUGGCAAUGACUGCACUAGAUGUCAUCUUUAAGCCCGAGUUGCUGGAAGGUAUCAGAGAGGAGUUUAAAUCGAAGCUUCAAGAAGAACAGCUUUUAAAUACACCAGCAUAGAAGGAGGACUUGGAAACUGCUCAGGAAGCACUAAGUUUUGAUGUUUGCUUUUCCCUCUUUAACUGUUUGAAUACAACAGGGUAUAGGGAAGACACUAAUGGUGUUUCAGGCAUUGAUAUGUGAUGACAUUUCUUAAGCUAGAAGGUAUGUGAUUCUCUGCCAUGGUAAGGUAAUGUUUUCUAAGUGUGUCUUUUGUAUAGUUUUACAAGUUCCACAGGUUUCAAAAUUUAACACUCAUGGACUCUGUGUUCAGAGUAGUGGGUGUCUUCUCAGCAGUUUAAAGUUGGGGGGUUAAGUCUAACUGGAUCUGCUUUGGUCUAGGGAGAAACUUAACCAUAGGCUUGUGGGACACACCUAGAACACCCGGUACAAAGAAUUAGCUUUACCUUUAACCUUAAAAACAAAACAAAACAAAGCAAAAGAAUGUUCUUUAUUUUCAUGUAAUUAUUCCAAGAAGUGGCAUAGCAGCAGUAUAACAGUUAAUAACAGAAAAAGUGACAAAAAGGCAGGAUUGGGCUUUUCCAGUAGGGUAGGCUGUUGAGUGGUACCCAGCAUGUUACAAGAGCUGGGAGAGGAAUACAGGCUGGGUGUGCCCUGUCCUCCAGUGUCCUGCACUGGAUCCCACCACCCAGCAGCCUGCUGCCCUCCCUGCAGAAGCCUUCCUAAGCCCCUGCUGGCCCAGUAGUGCGGCCUCUGUGUCCUCAUGCUGUGGCUUAAUUAAGUUUCUAGCCUUUUCUCUGGACCUUCUCUUUUGCCUUCCCAACGCACUUUCUGUCUUUGUGUCACCAGAGCAUUUGUAGAAGUACAAAAAAGAAUUCUUAUUAU